AUGGCGGACGUUUCGGCCCAAGUAGAGGUCAAUGAAAACAAGAUGGGAUGUGCAUCAAGUGUUCCUGUGGCGACGUCAAACACUAUUCCGGCUCGUAUUAAGAAUCAAGAUAAACAUAGAAGACAGAGUACUCCCCCCAGAGGGGACAAUUCACAAGGAUUGAGCUCAACAGAGAAUCCAGACAAACACAGAAGACAAAGCAUUCCCCCCAGAGAGGACACUUACAAUGGAGUUUGUUCAACUGAGGCCAGAACUGCUAUCAGCACUCUACAUCAGGAAGCAGUCCGAGAUUCAAACGAAAAAGAGAAAAGUUUAGCAUAUCAGCCACCAUCGGAUCAAAAAUAUGUAGGACAGGAAGGUUCUAGCUUAAAUAAGAAGACUAAGCUGCAUCAUGAUCCUGAUGUCAAAAAGACUAUCGACUUUUAUCGAAAAUCGUUAAGAGAUUUGAAAAAGAUUCAUGGUGAUGAAGCCAUUCAUCCAGACAUUGCUUCAACGCUUGAUGGACUUGGAAGUGCCUACAGUUCCUUCGGUGACCAACAAAACGCACUUGAGCUACACAAAGAGGCAUUGGAAAUGAGGAAGACACUGUAUGGUCGUGACAAGCAGCACAUUGAUAUUGCAGAAUCUUAUGAAAACAUUGGUGCUUGUUAUACAUCAAUGAAUCAACAUGAACAAGCUAUAGGAUAUCACUUAAUGGCACUGAAGAUGAGACAAGAUUUAUUUGGUAAAACAAAUCAACAUCCACUGGUGGCAUCUUCAUUACACUUCCUUGGGAGGGCAUUUGAUUUACAUGGCGAUCACAGAAAAGCAAUACAUUACAAUCAGAUGUCCCUGAAGAUGCGGAAGGAAAUAUAUGGUACCUCACCUAACUCACAUGUUGCAGUGGCACUGAAUAACCUUGGGCUUGCUUACAACUCCAGUGGGGAUUAUAACAAAGCUAUUGAAUGUCACAAAGAAGCACUUCAAAUCAGAAGAUGUGUGUACAAAGAUGGAGAACACCAUGAAAUUGCCAUUUCACUUACCAACCUUGGAUGUUGUUACGAUGCCACUGAAAACUAUAGUCAAGCAGUAGUAUAUCACAAGGAGGCCCUAUCAAUACAGAGAAGUGUGUUUGGUACUGAUAAACCACAUUCGAAUAUUAUUGAUACUCUAAAUAAUCUUGGAAUAAGCUACCGAGAUAUGGGUAAAAAUGAAGAAGCAAUCAAGUACUUGGAAGACUCCUUAAUUAUGACAAAGCAAAUGUAUGGUACAACACAUUCCAAAGUAGCCACCAUUCUCUGCAUACUUGGUAACAUAUGGUCAUCCCAAGAAGAAUACAGAAAAGCAGCAAACGUGAAUGAAAGAGCACUGGAGAUUUUGCAAGAAAUAACUGAAAAGAACAGUAACACUGCAACUAUAGCUGCAUUACUGACAAAUCUGGGAAAUAUCUGUCAGCGAAUGGAAAGCUAUGAGAAAGCAAUAGAGUACCUUGAAAGAGCAGUUAAGAUGGAAAAAUGUUUAGAACUCAAAAGUGAAGGAAACCUCAAAAUAGCAGCUUGUCUGAAUAAUCUGGCACUUUCCUACCACGACAUCGGCAAUGACGAUGAAGCUAUCAAGUAUUAUAAGGAGUCAUUGUCCAUGAAAAGAAACAUUCUUGGCGUUGAUACAACAGAUGACUCAAUAUCCACUACUCUGCAUAACAUUACUGCAAUAUAUUUUGGAAAAGAAGAUUAUGACAAUGCAACAAAAUACUAUCAGGAGUCUCUGAACAUGAAUGAAAAGUUACAUGGAAGUGAUUUUUAUUCUGAAGUUAUCGUAGUCUCCUUAUUUCAGUUUGGUCAAGUUCUGUAUAAUACUGACAAAUAUGAGCAGUGCAUAGAGUGCCUACAGAGAUGUGUUAAAUUGAAGCAGAAAGAUGUUGGCGAAGAUACAACAGACGAGAUGAUUGCUAAUGCAUACAACCUCAUAGGUAACUCAUAUUACUCCAUGAACAAGUACAACGAGUCGUCAGAAUACUUAGAAAAAUCUUUGCAAAUAAGAAGAGAAAUGCAGGGACAAAGUAGCACGAGUAUAGGCAUUGCUUCGUCAUUGAAUAAUUUAGGACAUGUCUAUGAAGCUUUGGAUCAUUUUAAGAAAGCUGCAGAAUGCCACGAAGAAGCACUCGAGAUCAGAAAAAGAUAUGAUGAUGAAGUUCAUGAAGAUGUUGCUCAGUCAUUAGGCAAUCUAGGAAGAGUUUAUGUAUCAAUGGGGGAGUUUGAAAAAGCUGUAAAAUAUCACGAGGAAGCACUGAGAGUGAAGCGGAAGCUUUAUCGUAAAUCAUCUGCACAUCCCGAUAUACUAAGCUCGAUCAAUAUUAUUGGUAGAAUUUAUGCAAACAUUGGCGAGCAUCAGAAAGCAGUUAACUACCACCACGAUGCGUUGGUAAUGUCCAAAUUAGUUCAUGGCGAAAGGAACAACCAUUCUGAUAUUGCAGACUGUCUUUGGAAUUUAGGAAAUACCUAUCACUCACUACGCGAUAAUGAUAAAGCUUUAGACUAUUAUCAACAAUCAUUAAACAUGUAUCGGAGUAUUUCUAGAGAUCCUUCAUGUGAUGGGGAUAUAAGCAAAAUUCUGAACAGUCUGGCGAUAUGCUAUAAUCAACGGAAGGACACCAAGAAUUCUCUAGAAUGUCAGCAAGAAUCACUGGAAAUACUGAAAAACCUCCAUGGUGCAAAUGCCCUCCACCCUGAUAUAGCAACGCUGUAUAAUAACAUCGGCAGUUGUUAUUCCGCUCUUGGAAACUACCAAGAAGCUAUAAAGAAUGAAGAACACGCUCUAAAGAUGAGAAAGCAAUUAUUUGGUGCAAACAAUUCACAUUCAAGUAUCGCAGUGACAUUACACAAUCUCGGCGGUUCUUAUUUCGCUCUGGGAAAGUACAAUGAAGCAUAUGAGUACCUUAUGGAAGCCUUUCAAAUGGAACUUAAAUUACAUGGAGAGGGAACAGCACAUCCAUCGAUAUCAUCUAUGAUUAGCAGCAUUGGUAGUGUUCACAAGGCUCUUGGUAACUUUGAUCAAGCUUUGGACUAUCGUCAAAGGGCACUAGACAUGCAGAAAACAUUAUACGGAGCAGAAAAAGACCACCCUGAGAUAGCUGAUACAUAUAAUGAUAUUGGAAAUAUAUAUACAACACUAGGAGAUAAACAACGUGGAUUAGAAUAUCUGGAAAAGGCACUGGCAAUGAGAGAACGUUUGUAUGGUGUAGAAAUUACAGCAAGUUCAGGACAAGGUCUUAUGCGUCCAGUGUCUGCAUAUGUUAGAAAGAAUAGGCAGGCUCCAGCUGAAAUAAUAGAAGUAUAG